AUGGAUUUCGAUUACAACGCGAGAUGGCAUGAGGAACCCUGGUCUUCGACCGUCUCCCAUCGGCCUCAAUCAAAGCAACAUUUAGGCAGACCGUCUACUAGACAACAUCGAAAAUGGAGAGAUACCUUUCGACGACGCCCGCGGCGACGCACAUCGUUUGGGUUGGGUUUAUGGUGGAUGAUCUUGGUGAUACUCUCGGUUAUGUCGUCGGCCUCCGCUGCCUUGCUGGAAUUCGAAAAUUGUCUGGAUGAGUCCAUUGUCGAUUCGAGUCCCCGACAAUUGCAGUUUGUCCCACUCGAUGUCUGGGUUACUUUGAACAUGACAAACUCGCUGUACCCUCUCGACGUUAUAGUUUACGGCAACGUGACUGGCACUGCUAAUCGAAGUGCCGAGUAUCCGGCGCCCGACGACCCCCAGUGGGAUAACCCGAAUUCAACAUUUGGAAAGAUCAUCGAUCUGGAUGUUGAUAACAACAAUUAUUCGACGCUUAUAGCCUCCAUCCAAGUCGCCAGCUUCACGCCAUAUUCCGAACCAUCGAGGUUUUGCGAUUCCGUGACCCAAGGAGAUUGUCCGCUAGGGCCCGUGUUUUAUGUAAACGAGACCGAUCUUUCUACAUUGCGAGCCUUCUCUGUCCACCAUGACAUGGUCUCGUCCUACCACUUCUCAACCCUCCACACAACGUUCACGAUCAUAUCUGGCGAUGCGGCCGCCGAUAGACUUGGGUGCAUAUCUGUCAGCAUAACCCCGGAUCUAGGCUCAACCGUAAAAAAUGUGCUGGCGUUUGUGCCGCUCUCCAUACUGGUACUAGUGGGAUUGGCCACUAUUUCUGCUGCGAUAUACAGCCCCUGGGGAACGACAGACCCGUUCCGUUGGACCAGCAAUUACGGCCGCGAUGAAGAUGUCCUGCGCCUCGUGACUCCCGGGUUCGGAGAUUGCCUCCAGUACAUACAGUUUGUUGUUCUUACAGGUGCCUUAUCACUGAAUUACCCCGGAUAUUAUCAGCCAGUAAUCAGUCAAGCUGCCUGGUCAUCCCUCAUGUUCAACCAGAGCUUCUUCGGGACUGAAAGAAACCCGGUUGUUGAUGGAGUUUACGCCGUCAACGGCACCCGCGGCUUGGAUAGACUGGAAAGAUUCGUUGGUAUGGAUGGGGCGCGCGAUUUAUGGCCAGGGAUGAUGGUAUGGCUCUGUUCGAUUGUGGGGAUAACCAUACUUCUGAUCCAGUUCGCUUUCGCGUUCCGCUGGCUAUAUCGUGAGCUUGCCAGAAUUCCGGAAGAGGACCUUCGCGCCAAAAACAUGCCCUUCACUGUCGGCAAUGUCAUCCGAAUCGUCUAUAAUUUUUUCCUUCUACCGCUAAUUUCGCUUUCUUUCUUCCAACUAAUUGUCGCCAGCGAGUCUCCUGCCUAUUGUGUGGCGCUAGCAGGUGUUGUCAUCUUCAUAUUAAUAUGCUUUUCCAUCUGGAUUAUCCGGUUAAUCAUCACUACUCGCCCGAGAUCAUACCUCUUUGAUGACCUACCCACCGUACUCUUGUACGGCCCGUUAUACAAUACUUUCUCGGAUGAUGCGGCGGCUUAUGCCGUGAUCCCAAUAUUCAUAUCCUUCGCCCGUGGUGUGGCAAUUGGCGCAGUUCAAGCGUCAGGAAUAGCCCAGAUUGUCCUUUUGGCAAUCUGUGAGGUUGUUUCUGUCCUAACGAUUAUAGCAUUCCGACCCUUCCCUUCUCCGUCUUCUAUGAACCUUUACCACAUUUGCAUUUCUAUUGUGCGGUUCUUGACGAUACUACUUAGCAUUGUUUUUGUUCCGUCCCUAGGUAUCUCGCAAGCGGCUCGUGCUUGGAUUGGUUAUGUUAUUCUUCUGCUUCAUGGCCUGGUUCUCGUUUUCGGCUUCUUCCUGAACGCUCUUCAGACCCUUGUCGAAGUUACUGCUCGACUGCUUGGUGCAGGAGGCAACGAGGCCGGUGCCACUCGCGGAGGCCUUGUUAAGUUAACAAAGUUCCAGGUCUUUGGUAUGCGUCAAUUGUCACGGCGCCUUCCGAGGCGUGACGUCGUUACGCGGCAAAGCAUGGCUUCUGAUGCGGCAAUGCUGGCACAUACGGACGAUCGACUCUCGUCUCAGUUUGAAGGCUCUCGACCUAGAAGUCUUUCUGGCAGUUCUGCUUUACUAUUGAACCGCGCGACUCUGAACGAGAGCAAGGGCAGUGCGAUCUAUGACGCUGGAGAGAGAUCCCACAGCCGAACCAACAGCGCCGGCUUAUAUACACCUACCACCCUUGGGGGAUUCCAGGGCUCUGGAUACCAAACGACAGGGAGUAAUUCUCCGAAGAUCGGCCCGAUAUUUGCAAUGCAGCCGCACGACCCGUAUUACCGCCCACCUAGACCUCGUAAACGGACUGGGUUCUCGGAGGAUUCUGGUAGAAGGCGCUCAUCCACACUUCUCCGGGAUGCAGACAUGGACGACGAUGCCAUUGAGGGACCCUCAAUCUCCAGAAGAGGUACACCAACUCCGGCUUAUAUUCCGGCACCCAAGGACGACUUGGACUACGACGAACCGCGGCGGUCGCGGAAGGACUAUGCUGUUCGUGAAGUGGACUUCUACUACCGAGUUCGUGGCCCUCCGCUUUCACAUACGGGCACUAGAAAAUUGAAGACCGGACCGGCGGAUCCUACAGGCCCUGUCUCGUCCGCGACAGGGUUCUUCCGAAACCUGUUUAGCGGAAAGACAAAGGAUAAAGGGAAAGGCUUCGAAGUGGUCCGAAGUACCAGAGCGCCUCCCCCUGGUCUUAUCCCGGAAAGAGAAGAAGUCCAUGAGCCUUAUACAGACGAGCCUGGUGAACAAGACACUGCUCAUCGCGAUAAAUCCGCACCGGAAAAUGACAGCGUGCGUCACGAAUCAGACCGCAGACAAGAUGAUGAACAUGAGUCUCCGCAGCUCAGCUUGCCGCUCAUUGAUGCCGGCGGAACCAUAGAGCUUCCAAGCCGCAUGGGUUCCCGCCGUGAUACCCAGUGUCCCCCACUAGCACCGAAGACUCCUUCUGUGUCAAGCGAAAGGCGAGCGUCUCAGGGAGCGUUAGAUCGCAAUGAAGAUGAUCAGGGCGAUGAUUCUUCUCUCCGUCCCGUGCAACCCUCUGCGCGGCUGCCGUUCAGUGCAAACAGCUCCCCCUCUCGCGAUCGAAAUUACUCUCUUGCUUCUACCUCAGCGUCCAUAUCAUCUGGCCACGAACGAACCGCCCAAUCUCGCAUCGAGCGGCCUUCUAGUGUAGGCUAUGUUGCCCAACAUCGUACCCGGGACAAUAUCCACCAGGGCCAUGCUGAAGAACCGUCGUUUACCGAAAGCGCUGCCGAACUUGUGAAUGAGACUCCCAGUGAAGGGAACCGAUCGCAACCGUCUCGCGCUUCCUCACGAUACACAUGA